UAGGUGAUCCAUCCUCAACAAGAACCUCCUACAUAUCGAGGGAUUUGGCAGGCAUGGUCACCCAUUAGAUUCCUAUCGAGCGAGCCACAGUUUCGCACAUCACGUACGUACCCGUGGCUUGGCCCCCUCCAAUGGCUCAAUCCUGCCUGGCUCUCGCGGUGUGCGUCCUGCUCGUGCACGGCGGCGCGGCGAGGGUAGCCGAGGCGGCGUCGUACAACGUCGGCAACAGCGCCGGCUGGGACAUCAGCGCCGACUUCCCGUCCUGGCUCGACGGCAAGUCGUUCUUCGUCGGCGACACUCUCGUGUUCCAGUACUCGAAGUACCACACGUUGAGCGAGGUCGACGAGGCGGGGUACAGGAACUGCAGCACGGCCAGCGCGGUGCUCUCCAGCAGCGACGGCAACACGACGGUGGCCCUCACGGCGCCCGGCGACCGCUACUUCGUCUGCGGCAACGAGCUGCACUGCCUCGGCGGCAUGAGGCUUCACGUGCCCGUCUCCGAGCCGGCCUCACCGGGCGGGGCCGGCGCGACGCCGGCGAGCCCGGGCGGCGGCGGCGCCCUCUCCCCCGGCGCGGCCGGCGACGCGGGCGUCCCGACGCUCGACCUCGGCGGGUCCCACCGGGUGACGGUGGGGCCCGCGGUGGCCACGUGGCUGUGCAUCAUCGCUGCAGCCCUGUUUGUAUGGUGACGAUUGAUGACGAAGAUUGAAGGGCAAGCGGAGUCAGUUUACGAAUUGCACGAAAUUCAUUCAUGCGUUUGCAAAUCGGAGUCUGUGAGUUUUUGGGCGCUGUGGUGUUUUUUUUUGGCACGUAUUCGUAGUACUUUUCUGGGUUGGGCCGGGCCGGUGUUUUCAGGCUGGUUUGGGCUGAAGCCCGAUAAGAAUAGAAGAAAUUAAUUUGACCUUCAA